GAUCCAAACAGCAGCUGGAGAAAGCAGCUAAACCUGGAAGAGCAGAGGAAAAGAGGAACGGAGAGAAAGAAUCCUGUAGCAGAAAAAGGAAAAUCUUUAUUGUUUGCAAAACGAUUGAUAAGAAGCUCUUAUCUCUUCUUGUAAGUGAAUCAGUUACAGACUUUUGUAAAAGGCAAAAUGAAGAGCAGCAACGUUAUUGCAUUCUCUGUCAUAAUCUUCUUGACCUUCCCCAUCAUCAACGAAGGAAUGAGCCUGAGAAGCUUAGGAGUGGAGCUGCAUUGCCGCUGCAUCAAGACUGAGAGCAGACCCAUAGGUCGCCACAUCGAGAAGGUGGAGCUGAUUCCAGCCAGCUCUCACUGCGAGGAGACCGAGAUCAUUGCCACUCUGAAAAAUACACGCCAGGAGGUUUGCCUGAAUCCCGAGGCACCAUGGGUGAAAAAAGUGAUUCAGAAAAUCAUGUCAAACAAAAUCCAUUGAAGUAUAUGAACAAGGAAACAACUUCAAAGAACCAAAGAGCCUGUCUUGACCCAAUGAUGGAGUCACUAAACUUUGAUUCGCCUGAUGCUGAAAACAGCACCGUCUUGCUCAAAUUGUUUGUAUCAAACGUGCUAUUUAUAAACCUUCCUCUCCCUCUUUGUAUAUUGCAUGCUAUAUAUAUAUAUAUAUAUAUAUGUGUAUAUGUGUAUACACAUACACAAGUUUUAAAACUGCACUGAUGUUUUCUUUUAUUUAUUUAUCUAUGUAUUUAUGAAAUUUUAAUGUUAUUAUUUCUAAUUUUAAAUAAAAAUCUUAAAUGGAAAUAUUUAUGUCUUUUUUAAAUAAUUGCACUUCAUAUUUUGUUUAUAACUGAUGCACAGCUUCCCAAGGCCACAUUCUGAAAACAAUGUCUGAAUGUACGGUGUUGAUUUUGACAAAUCAUACAUUUCUACAGAUUAGACCAUUGUGAAAUUGUCUUUGGGUAUUCUGAAACUAUGGACCUGAAAUCCUGUAAUUGAGGCAUCUUCAAACAUCAUAUGACAUGUUUAUAAUAUUCAGAAUGUUUAGCUGAUUGUCACUGCUGGUUUAACAGGCAGAGAACAUUGUUAGUUAGGAUUUUAAUUUUCCUGCCUGAUUGAAAAGGUAAAAAAAAAUAAACAAUGAAAAUGAUUUUAACCUUAAGUAACUGAACCAACUGUUGACAAUAAAGGUAACGUUUGUCCUAAAAUUCAAA